AAUGACUGCAGUCAAAUUUUUUAUAUUUCAGUCAUUGAAGCAGUUAAAUCCUUGUCACCUAUGGUAGUUGGUAGGAAUUUGGAUGAAAUUUUCAAUAACUUUGCUGGAUUUUGGAGAGAGCUUACUAGUGACACACAGCUAAGAUGGAUUGGACCAGAAAAGGGGGUGAUUCAUCUAGCCACUGCAGCCAUUGUGAAUGCUCUCUGGGACCUGUGGGCCAAAAAGGAAUGCAAGCCACUCUGGAAGUUGCUUGUUGAUAUGGAUCCCAAAAAAUUAGUAUCGACUAUUGAUUUCAGAUACAUGUCAGAUCUACUAACAAAAGAAGAAGCGAUAGAAAUUUUAGGAAGAAAUGAGCCAUUAAAAAUGUUAAAUGAACAUAAAGUUUUGCAGUCAGGAAUUCGAGCUUACACAACUGGUUUUGGAUGGAUUGGAUUUGAUGACAAUAAGAUUCGUAAGCUGUGUAAAGAAAAUCUAAGUGCAGGUUUUACUAGCUUCAAGUUGAAGGUAGGUUCAGAUCUAGAGCAGGACAAAAGGAGAUUAGGCUUAGUCAGGGAAGAAAUUGGACCUGAAAAUAAAUUGAUGGUGGAUGCUAAUCAAUGCUGGGAAGUUCCAGAAGCUAUUGAUUGGAUGAAGGAAUUAGCAGAGUAUAAACCAUUGUGGAUUGAAGAACCCACUAGCCCUGAUGAUAUUCUUGGUCAUGCUACUAUUGCAAAGGAAUUGAAUCCUCUUGGCAUUGGAGUUGCCACUGGAGAACACUGUCAUAACAGAGUAAUGUUCAAACAAUUUCUGAAAAGUGGAGGGAUGCAGUUUUGUCAGAUUGACUGUUGUCGGCUUGGAGGCGUGAAUGAAGUACUCGCAGUGUACUUGAUGGCUGCUAAACUUGGAAUUCCAGUUUGCCCCCAUUCUGGAGGUGUGGGGUUGUGUGAACUUGUUCAACAUGUAGCUACUUGGAAUGCUAUAGCAGUGAAUCCUGGAGACACAGUAAGUGUAGUGGAGUAUAUUGAUCAUUUGCAUGAACACUUUAAACACCCCAUCUUGGUGAUAGGAGGACGAUACAUGAUACCCCAAAGCCCAGGAUAUAGCAGUGAAAUGAAAGAAUCCUCACUCCUGGCCUACGAGUACCCAAGUGGGACCAAAUGGAAAGAGUUGUUUCAUUCUGGAAAGUACAGGAAAUUUUCAGUACCACAGUGGGUGGAAAACAAGUGCUUUCCACAAAAUUAAGAACAAUAGUUCAAAAAUCUGCUCAAUUGUUACCCAUGUUUCUGAUGCUGAGGGAUGGACGAUUUAUUUUGUAUUUUUUGAAUGUCAAUUUUCACUUACAAAUCUUGAUGCUUUUUAAGGGACAGAUUUUAUUUUUUUUGUAAGAAUAUCAUCUAUUGUGAAGGAAUAUGAAGAAUUCCAACUUGAUUCUUAGAGUGAAUAAAAAUCAUUGCUUGAAACUUC